AUGAAGAUCCUGUUCCUGCUCUUCCCCCUGAUCCUCCUGUUGGUCCAGGGUGCUGCAGGUGAGAAGAGGGGGAAGGAUGGCAAUGAGCUUCAAUGCAGACACCGCAGAGGAUACUGCUCUUUUGGGAGAUGUAUCCCCCCUGCAAGGCCUAUUGGAAGAUGUACAGGACAAACCAUCUGCUGCAGAGGACCUGGAGCCAGGGCUGCCAGCACUGACAUAGCCCAGGUCCAACCUGCCUGCACCAAGGACUGCACCUCACCUGCCCUGAGCCUGAGGCUGCUGCACCACACCCUGGGCAUUGCAGGGCAGGGGGACAGAGUGGCAGGGAAAGGCAAAAGCAGCGUGUGUGGGGCACAGGGACACUCCCCUGGCUGGACUCUUCACACAGGUGAUUCCAGGUUGGUUGGUUACAGACCACUUCUGCCUUGCUGUGCUCGGAACCAACACCUUUCUCAGCCCCAAGAAGACCCAGGACAGACAUCAGCCAUGAGGAUCCUCUACCUGCUCUUCCCCUUGCUCCUCCUGUUGCUCCACAGUGCUGCAGGAUCUGCCUUGGCUCCAACAAAUAAGAAACAAUGUGAGCGAGAAAAUGGGUUUUGUGGAUUUCUGAAGUGCUCUUUCCCCUUCGUCAUCAAAGGAAAAUGUUCCAGGUUCUUCUUCUGCUGCAAAAAUCUCUGGGGAUAAAACCCUGAAAUUCCCAAGAAGAACAUCCCAUUGGCUCUCUUCUGUCUCCUGUCCCCAUGUCCUGCUGUCCCUGCCCUCGUGCCUGUGCCGUG